AUUUGACCAGCAUUUUUAGACUGUCCAUUUAAUAGUACAUAGAUUUGCCUCACUCCCCGCCAGAAACUUACUCGUGAAGGCCCAUCGUGUCAGUGCUCUGGAAAACGUUGAUGAGGGGAUGAAUCUGUGUGAAUGCUAUCAGGAUCACUGAUCCACGCGCAGACAGUACGCCAAAAGGCACCCGGGAUUACGGACCAUGCUUCUGGGGACCUGCGUCUUCGGAGCUGUUUGAGCAACUUCGUGCAACGUGCAUCUCCAGAAGCAAAAGAGGCGUCGUUGGCUGCUCAAGUGGCAAUUGAUCUCAUGUCGUCACAUGUCGAUUGCGCUUCGUAGCUCUAACGCGCAGCAGUCAAGAAAGCUCACCCACGAGUGCAGAGCUGCCGCUGUUGCAGCAGGUGAGUGUGCAGGGCAGCGAGCCCAGAAUGCGUAAGCUAAACCUCUCCUGUCGAAGGAUCAAGAGGAUUCAAGGUGCGCCGGGGAUUACUUGCCAUCAUGAAGCUCACGUUUGGGGGGCGUGGCGAGAAUAGCUCGCUAAAAAUAGACCCCCAAUGCCCUGGCAAAGCUUAUGCUAUGGGGUUUGCGUAUUUACGCUCACAUUUGAUGGCGCGCAAGGGAACUGGAUCCCCUGCGCGCUAUCCCGACUACCACGCAAUUGCUUCAACGAUGCGACCGCAGCCGAAAACCGCGACACUCAUGCAACUGCCUUUGGAGAUUAGGAUCGCGAUUCUCGAAGAGUUAUGGAAGGAUGCCGGAUUCGCCCAGCACAUCAUACACUGCAAAGGCCGAUAUGUGCGUGCGAGAUGCGUGACCGACCACGCAGCCCCCGAUGAACUCAUGGAAGAAUGCGCCAAGCGUAGAGCAAGCCGAUUUGAAGACAAAGAGUUGUGGCAACGCAUGCAAUCGAGUUGGGGUAAUCACUGGAGAUGUGAAGAAGAGUAUGGCCGAGAGGCAACGUCAAGCGUAGCCCUUGGAGAUGGCAAAUGCUGGAGCAACCCGUUUCUGGCCAUUCUGUUGGUCUGCAAGCAGCUUUACAUCGAAGGUCGCACAUCCAUCUUCAGCUUCGUCAACUUCGUCAUCCACGACAUCAACACUUUACACAGCCUGACAGCUGUUGGCGCGCCGCCGUUGUUAUCCUCCAUAAGAGCCUUGAGCCUUUCGAUUCGGUUGCCCAUCAGGCGCGAGUCCAAGAUGAAGAUGAGCAGCGAGGCCCAUGGCACAAUGAGACGCUGGCGCGAGUGCUGUGCCUCAUUGAACCAAGCCGCGGAGAGAAAGACUCUGGUAUCGGUGGAGUUAUGGCUCGACACGAGCGAGCCGACCUGGCGUGGCGUGCUCAGCACCGUGCUGGAUGGACCUGCGAGCCCAUUCACUUUUGGCGAGCAUCUUGCGCGAGUCCUGACAGUAGAUCUGCCCGUUAAUCCUGAGAAGCCCGCAGUAUGGAGGAGGGUGGCUGAAAUUGAGCCCCGUUUUACUGUCCGCCCGAGGGGCUGGCCGGGAUUCAGGGUGGGGGACACGACAGAAAGCUCGCCUCAUACCAUCAUACGCCUGUGGGAUAGUGCAGAGCCUGGGGUCGAACAGCCAGAGCCAGUGUACAGUGUUGGCUUCUCUCAUCGCAGGCCUUGGUAUCUCCGGGGUAGUUGA